GGUGCUCUAACGCCCUACCUCGCCGCAUCUCCCCCGGUCGCGUCGCAUUCCACGUCAAUAGCACUACCUACCCAACACAAAUCAGGCGGCAGAAGAACUAUGGAGCAAUCUCCUCAAGGCACUGCGCAGCAGGGCAGACAGCAGCCGCAGCCUAUUUAUGACAUCAGGAAUGGGGGACAUUACGGUAAUUACGCUCCAAGCUCACCAAGCUACCUCUACACCGAUGUUCAUUCAGAACCACUCUACAAUGGGGAUUAUUUUUUAGCUCUCGGCACAAGGUUAUGCACCAGUUGCCGAGUUAUACACAGGUACUUGGGCCAACGUAAGCUCUUCAAAAUGACUCCAGGCGUAUUGAAUCCUAGUACUCACCAGAACCAGGUGAACCAAGGCCUUCAAGGAACCGCUCGUGAUAUCCUGACAACAUAUUGGCAGCAUGUCAUCAACCACCUGGAAUCAGACAAUCAUGAUUACAAGAUCCACCAGUUGCCCUUGGCCCGUAUCAAGAAGGUGAUGAAGGCAGAUCCGGAGGUCAAGAUGAUCUCCGCAGAGGCGCCCAUCUUGUUUGCUAAGGGUUGUGAUAUAUUUAUCACUGAGCUAACUAUGCGUGCAUGGAUCCAUGCCGAAGACAACAAGCGUCGUACUUUGCAGCGAUCUGACAUUGCCGCCGCUUUAUCUAAAUCGGAUAUGUUUGACUUCCUGAUUGAUAUAGUUCCCCGCGAAGAGGCGACCUCUCAUGCCAAGCGGUCAAGUCAGGCUGCCGGUGCCGCUUCAGGCCCUCCUGCUGCCCCAGGCCAGCUACCCCCUGCUCCGCAUGGAGUUCAACCACACCAGCACAUGGGCCCUGCCGACUAUGGAUCCCUUGGCCAGCAUGGUAUGCCGCAAGACCAGGAGUACCGCCCGCAACCUGCCAUGUACCCUGGAGCUGUUCCAUCAGACCCGACUACGGCAUAUGGUCAGCCUCAAUCCCAAAUGUUUGAGGGGAUGUACGCCUACCCACAUCUCCCUCCCCAGCAGGUACGUACCUGCUAA